CUCCGUUACGAACGUUGCUAAGAGACGCACCCAAACAUAACGCUUCCGUGGAAACCAAUAACCGUUGAAAAUGUUUAGCAGCUAAAUGAAAAGAAAUAACAUCGACUUGUUUUAAAUAUUACAUCCAUGGCGUUACCAUUUCUACCCGGGAAUUCUCCUAAUAAACAACUGGGGAAGGAGAAAUUCCACAAAUCCCAACAUUUUGACUAUUCCAAUGGCAUCCCUAUGCUGGUGGGCUGUGAGAAGCCAGGCAUUGGAGGAGAGCUGCUAGGCGGCCAGAAGAUUAAACCAAAGUAUUCUGUCUACCCCAAGGGCCGGGGCAGUGCUCUGCCAUCAUGGCUAGCCUUCGACAAACAGGCUCUGUGUUUUGAAGCAUACUGUCAGGAAGCUGUGCCUGAGGCCCGAGACGAGACGUACCGUAUCAGGAAGUUUAACAUCUACUUCUACCUGGAAGAUGACACCAUACAGGUGGUGGAGCCGGAGUACAAGAACAGUGGCAUCCCUCAAGGAACAUUUAUUCGCCGCCAGCGUGUCCCACUGCCUCCCCCAAAUGAUGACCAGUUCUACAACAUUUUCCAUUUCAACCUAGACCAACAGAUGGUGCUGUACUCACGCACAUUCACUGUGACCAACUGUGACACUUUUACCAGGAACUUUUUCUCAAAACUCGGGGUGCGCCUGAACAACCCAGCUGCCGUACCUGCUGACCCCUACAGCAACCUCCGUCAACAGAUUGAGAAAAGCAUGACGCCACUCCGGCCGUAUGAGAGGCGCGACACGCUGAAGCAGUUCCUGGACCACGAAGGCAAAGUCCUGCGCUUCAAGUGCUUCUGGGACGACUCGGAGAGCGUGUUCGGGGACCUCCGGGAACUCGUACUGCACUACUUUCUCGCUGAUGACACCAUAGAGAUCCUGGAGAUCAUCCCCCCAAACUCUGGGAGGGAUACUGCGGCCAAAUUCCUACACCGCAGCAAACUACCCAAGCAUUCAGUCCGAAUGAAGCAGCCCGGACAGCUCACGGACCGCACAGUGCUCAAUGUGUUUGACUCUUCCAAACAGGGGAAACGCUACAUACUGGACAGCCUCAAAACAGGAGCAGUCAAUGAGGAUUUUUAUAAGGACUGUGACCUGACUAUAGGACGGGAGGUGAGUGUGUGGGGCAGGAGGCUGAUCAUCGCUGACUGUGACGACUUCACCAAAGACUACUACCGCUCCAAAUACGGCAUAGAGGACUUCACCCCAGUGCAGUACAAAGCUCCCCCGGCCCCAAAGCCCCCGAGGCCCAUGCCCCCCUACAACGGCUUUGGCUCCGAGGAGGACUCGCUGAGCUCCUGCCAGGGCCUGCUGCCCAAGCCCCCGCAGAAAGAUUUCUACAAGUUUAUGGAGAAAGACAGAAAUGUGCUGAAGUUCUCUGCCAAGAUGGUGACCGACGAUCCAGUUGACAGCGAGCGCAUGUUCAUCAUCUCCUUCUACCUCUGCGAUGACUCCAUCAGUGUGUAUGAACGUUCUCAAAGGAACUCAGGCGUGCUCGGUGGUAAGUUUCUGGAGCGCAGCCUUAUAAAGAAGCCAGGCCAGCAGCUGUUUAAGAGCGAGUUGUCUGAGUACUUUACAGCUCAGGAUAUGUACGUCGGAGCGACCAUCUGCAUCAACAAUUGGAACUUCCAACUUCUGGAUGCCGAUGAAUACACCUUGAACUACAUGGAGCAACAUGCUGAGGAGUUCCCCAAAGCCAACGUGGGAAAUAUCCUCAGUAAACUACGGUCCAUUCAGGAGGAGAAACAGAGUGAGAUCAGGAAGUUUCUGACUCUCAGUGACCCCAGCAACACUGGCUUCAUCCCCUAUGAGUCGUUCAGGGGCCUGCUGACCGGCCUGGACUGCGGUCUGUCGGAGCACGAGGUGCUCAUGCUGGGCCGAUGUUUCUCUGAGCGCACGCAGCCAGAGGUGGACGUGGGCCUGAUGCUGGCUGUUGCCCAGGACUUCCUCAAGAAGAAGCACUUUGAAGAGCUCCCUGCAAUGGCCAGAGACUUCACAUACCGUAACCAACAGAAGACCGGCCGUCUCUCCAUCAAAGAGACAAGGACCAUCUGUAAGGCCUUCAAGCUCCCCCUGCCUGAGACACUGCUCGGAGGUCUACUCAGCGUGUUUGCAGAUGGGGACGAGAUCGACUACCACGCCUUCCUGGCUGGCAUUAACUGGGUAGAGCACCAUGCUCCCCCAGUGAUGCCCGAAGACACCUUAAAGUUCAAUGUGAAUGCGAGGUCUGACGGCGGUGGGGCUACGGUGAAGCACGUCAACUACUCUUCCCUUCUGAGGGACGUUUUCAACAUUACCUCCAACAACGCUGACCCAACAACUGCCACGUAGACACAAAGUCGGAGUUGAAAUUCACCUCACACACACACACAUGCUUUUUCCUCAAUUAAAGAACAUGGAACGUCAGCUAACCAACGUCUGUGUUUUCAUGUGUGUCGUGACGGAGAUGUGUAAAACUACAGGUGGGUGGGUAGUCUGUGAAAUGAAAGUUUGUUUUCUUUUAUGUGAAUAAUUUGGCGGUAAUGAACUGCUCAAGCGUAAACUAACGCAAUCCAGUUAACUGGAAAGUUAAUGCUUUGGGGG